UCCAACUGUCCUCCUGAUUUCUUCACAUGUCUCCUCAAAUUUUCUCGGAAAAUUGGAGAAGGCCGAUAACAAUUCUCAUCUCUGGCUUGAGUUUCGUUGUCUUCCUCAUCCUUGACUUUCUUGACAACUUCCUCUGCAUCCUGUAUAGAUAUAUUGAUGAGCUCUUUGAAGGGCAGGCCUCCUCUUGUUACUGUGCAAGCAAGGAAGGGCAGGUGAGGAAUGUGGGUGGUCAUGGAGAAGGUGAGCUUUCAGAGAGUCUAUAUCAGAGGAAAAAUGCUUUCAGGGAAAUGGGUUUUCUUGGAUUUGCCAAAAAGUCCAGGAAAAUUGGUGGUGGAGCAGUUGCCAAUAGGUGGUCUGAUUGUGGAUGUGAGUCUUGUCUUUCAUGGAUGAAUGAUUGUGAUCAGAAGCUUCACGUUGUUGUUAGGGAGCCCUCGCAAGCCAUCACUGAUGAUCAGGAUUGCAGAGGAAAGCCAGUCGAGAAUGUGAUAUUCUUGCAUGGGUUUCUUUGUUCUUCCUCAUUUUGGACAGAAACAGUGUUUCCAAAUCUUUCUGGACGUGUGAACCGUAAUUAUAGAUUGUUUGCUAUCGACCUCUUGGGAUUUGGAAGAAGCCCAAAGCCAAGGGACUGUAUGUAUACUUUGAAGGAUCAUUUGGAAAUGAUUGAGAAGUCUGUGAUCUGUCCAUUUCGGUUGGAUUCUUUCCACUUGGUUGCACACUCCAUGGGUUGUUUGAUAGCAAUUGCAUUAGCUGCUAAGCACUCGAAAUUAAUAAAAUCAAUCACUCUUGUAGCACCUCCUUACAUCCCUUCUGAAGAUGGAGAUAGCUUAAGAGUACUUGAAAAACUUGCCGGAAGGAAACUAUGGCCACCGUUCCUGUUUGGAACAUCAUUUAUGUCGUGGUACGAACACCUAGGUCGAUGUUUCUGCUUUCUUGUAUGCCGGAAUCACAGGAUGUGGGAGAGGAUUGUGAAGCUACUCACUCGGAGAAGGGAUCUUCAUUUUAUGAUUAUGGACUUGACUAGACAUACCCAUCACUCAGCUUGGCACACCAUGCACAAUGUGAUAUGUGGAGGAGCAAAGUUAAUGGAUGGUUACUUGCAACUUUUGAGCAAAGCUGGGGUUAAAGUUGUUGUUAUCCAUGGUGAUAAAGACAAUGUUGUCCCUCUGGAGUGCAGCAACAACAUUCAAAUGAUAGUUCCUAAUGCAGAGGUUACCAUCAUUAAAAAUGCAGAUCACAGUUCUGUGCUGCUUGGUAGAGAGAGAGAUUUUACGCGGCGUCUAGAGCGUAUUUGGGAAUCGAUCGCUUGCUGAUACAGCUAGAAUGGAACAGAUGUUGUCUCUACAAUAACACAAUGUGUAGAUUUUUUUUGCCAGAACAUUCUUUUUGUUGAGCCAAAAAUGAUAAGUGGGGAACAUGAAUUAGAAUUAGGUUCCUCUGAAUUGACAAAAAAAAAAAUAGAACUAGCCUACACCCUCCACCAGUCGCUGCCAGACCCAAAGCUCAACCCAAAAGGAGGCAAAGACUGUUGGAAUAAGUUCGAUGUGUUCCUCAAUGUUCUUUGUAUUUAUUGCACUUGGUAGGUUGUAUUGCUGGUAACUUUGGAAUCCAUGGAGGUUGUGGGCCAAAGGUGUUGGCGGUUCAGUUGUAUCUAUCAAAUUAAACCACAUCAAUU